AUGAGAUCUCCAAUUAAAAAAGUCUACCGAGAGCAGUUAAAAUGCUCAUCAAAAUCGAACCUAUCCUUGUUUCCAAGCCUCAAGCAAGCUUCUGGGCUUAUUUCUAAGCCAAAAUAUCAAGUUCCUCAUAGAAGCUCAACUCUUACCAAAAUUCAUCUAAAUCUUGCUCCUCCUGAGACUUCUCUACCCUUAUCAAGACUUCCCCCUACAAUUUUGCCUCCAAAAAAACCACGAAAAAAGCCUAAUUAA